AUGGCAGAGGGCAGCAGUGCUGGCGAAAUGCGCUCCUUUGACCCGACUUUUAGCUCUGAAGCGAGAAAGAGACACCUUUCUUCUGAUGGCAGAGAAGAGCCCAUGAGGAAGAUGCCCAUGUCAAAGUUAGGUUCGCGACAUCGAUUUGAGCCUGUGCACUUUGUAAGCGGAGUGAGUAGCGGACCAGGAGGAGGAUCAUUUGCAGAUGAGAAAGAAAAUGAUAAGGAGCCCAGGAGGAAUGAGUUUCACAGUGAACAUUAUAGGCAAUAUGAACACGCUCCUUACAGCAGCACUAGCAGAACAUCAAGCUCCUCCCUCAGGCCUUCUUAUGAUAGAGAGCAACCUCACAGCUUUGACUCUUGGGCCUCUCGCAGGGAUCGAGACCGGGACAGAAAUAACGUUCCUUCGGGCUCACUCUCAGGGUACGGCGGCCUUGGGUCCUCAUCCAACUUCAUGGCAAAAUUGCAACAAGAUUAUACAAACAAGUAUGAGGCCCACAGCUUUCGCAACGCAGAUUCCUAUUCGCAGCAAUACAGGAACAACGAAUACGGGGGAGGGAACAGGUCAGCUGGCUGGAACUGCAGACGUCAGGGUUUGGGCUACAACCACCAGGCUCCCAACCAAGGAUACAGCGGCCCCGCCGCCUCUCAUGCAGCGUCGUCGUCGCAGCAGCUCCUCCCUAUCGACCAUGGCAUGCUUGUUGAGAAGCAUCGACUUGUCGCCAGUCUGUCAUCCGCGUUGGCGGCCUCUUUUUGGGACCCUCAGUACGCAGCGGGACCGGAGGCACCAAAUUACAGUUACAUGUUGAGUCGCAGCAUCCAGGCGUGUAAGACCAACCCUCAGUACAUUUACGUCAACCUGAAGGAUAUCCCCCAGGCCGAUCUACCCAAAAACCGCAAAGUGCCAACGGAUGGCUACGCCUGCGAGCUCAGGUGUCAGGGGGUCUAUCUGGCUACGGGAUACUCUGGCAGUAAAAACGGCGCGAGGGACCGGGCCUCCGAGAACGCGGUCAAACUCUUCAUGAAGCCCGUCGAGGUGUGCGUGGUGCCGCGCAGGUACAGGCACACGACAGUCGAUGACAUGGUAGUGUGCCAGGUGGACUGCCCUGUCCCCUCCUUGGCGCCCGCUCUCUGGAACCCGGAGAACAUCGGCUGUUCCACCUUUAAGGGCCCCUACGAGCCUGACAUGCGCAAGCACUGGACCGAGUUUGUGGUCAUGGACAACGCCCAGGACGCCAUCUGCAUUCUCAACAAUUCGGCCGCGUUCAGUCACAUGAAAGUGGACUACAAGUUUGAGCAGCUGCCCAACGGAUCCUGGCUGUGCAGUGUUUACGUGCAGGACGAAAUGGUGGCGCAAGCCAGAGGCACCAAAAAGACUUCCAAACACGCCGCGGCAGAAGAGGCGCUGGCCAAGCUGCGCAUGAACCAGGCGGGAAGGCAGCACCGACAGCACGCGCCCUCGCACGCCAGGGGAAAUCAUCCCUCGGAGUUCCCCGGCGGGCAAUUUGGGAUGAAAAAGAAGCACUUGAGCGAGCUCGUCAUCUUGGAGAAUUCAGAUAAUGCCGUGUGCAUCAUCAACGACACGGCUCAAUUCAACAAGGUGACUGCUGACUACAAGUUUAUUUAUUUGCCCGAUCAGCGCUGGAAGUGCGAAGUGUACUUAGAAGGACAAUACGUGGCAUGCGGCGUCGGGGCCAAAAAGCAGGUCAAGCACAUUGCGGCGCAGGAGGCCUUGGCCACUCUGAAGCAGACGCAGGCCGUGGUCAAGUCCAAUCUGAGAAAAGAGAGUCACGACGACGCGAUAUCGCGUUCUCAGAUCUUGGGCCGUUCUGACGAGGAAGCCACGAGGCAGGAGAUAAAGGAGGACAACAUCGGGAACCAGCUUUUGCGCAAAAUGGGUUGGACGGGAGGAGGCUUGGGCCGAGACGGAGAAGGUAUCGCCGAGCCCAUCAGGGUCAAGGAACAGUUCUCCAGAGAGGGCUUAGGUAUGGACGCGGACAAGAUUGGGAACCAGCUCAACAAACGCGACAUCGAAGACAUCAUUCGCAGGUACGUCAGCUCGGACCGCCUGGACGACCUGCGCUUCUCCACCGACCUGACCAACGACGAGCGCAAGCAGAUCCACCAGGUGUCUCAAAAAUACGGCCUACGAAGCAAGUCGUACGGACAGGGCAGGCAGCGCUUCCUCGUCGUCAGUCGCAGAGUAGACACGGAUCAACUUAUUGGUCAGCUCCUGCAGGAUGGACAAGUGGGUCGCUACAAACUGGUCAAACCUCAGGCCUUGCACUGA